AUGGGUAGCGGUUUGUCCUGCGCUUUUCCUUUCACUAUUGCCCGCCGCUUACAGCCCGUCGGCAAAUCGGUAUUGGGAGGGAAGGUUUCCAUGUAUGACCUGUACUCCGACCAUAACAUGGCCCUACUUCCACCCUGGCAAUUAGCCAGUUCCAAUAAAUGCCAUUUGGGGAGAGAAGGCUUUUAUGGGAUUUUUACAAUUCAUUUCCAACAGAAGAAUGCCAUGAUGUUGGCCUGUUGCGUUCUCCUACGAGACAUCAGACCCAAACAACCAAGUAUCAAACGAGCUGCAACUGAUAUUGCGGUGGGUUUCAUUAAUACGUUGCCUGGCAGUUUUGCAAUAUUUCCGUUCCAGUACCACCCCAAAAACACGGUUAAUGACAAGGUCUUCGAAAAUUACAAUGGCCAACCCAAACAAGACAAGAGGGCGGACCGGGAUCCAGACGUUGUGUCAAUCCUUCAAAAUGGCAUGUUAGCAACCCAAUAUCCCAACGUAACCUUUCUUGUUCACGGAGCAUCAAUAUAA